GGGCGUUUUGGACUAUUCCAGUGUAGCACACGCUAUAUCUUCUCGUCCCUGCUCAACUCGCUGUUACUCUUCCUAAAACCCAGAACCAGAUCUAGGGUUUAUUUUCAAUCUCAUCCUCAACAACUAUUUCCGUUGCGUCUUCGAAGGAUGGGAGAAUUGAAGGACCCCGAGGCUUACGAGGAAGAGCUCCUUGAUUACGAAGAAGAAGAUGAGAAAGCUCCCGAUUCUGCCAAGCCUGCAGAAUCCGGCAAGAAGGGCUAUGUUGGCAUCCAUAGUUCGGGUUUUCGAGACUUCCUGUUGAAGCCAGAGCUUCUGCGAGCCAUUGUAGAUUCAGGAUUUGAGCAUCCUUCAGAAGUGCAACAUGAAUGCAUCCCUCAAGCAAUCUUAGGAAUGGAUGUCAUUUGUCAAGCAAAAUCUGGGAUGGGAAAGACUGCUGUUUUUGUUCUUUCUUCACUUCAGCAAGUUGAUCCUGUUCCUGGUCAAGUUGCAGCUCUUGUUCUUUGCCACACAAGAGAACUGGCUUAUCAGAUUUGCCAUGAAUUUGAGAGAUUCAGCACAUAUCUUCCUGAUAUAAAGGCUGCUGUUUUCUAUGGUGGCGUCAAUAUCAAGGUUCACAAAGAAUUGCUCAAGAAUGAAUGUCCUCAUAUUGUUGUUGGAACACCUGGGAGGAUUCUUGCUCUGGCUAGAGAUAAGGACCUUGGUUUAAAGAACGUGAGGCAUUUCAUACUUGAUGAGUGUGACAAGAUGCUUGAAUCACUUGAUAUGAGAAGAGACGUCCAGGAGAUUUUCAAAUUGACUCCUCAUGAUAAACAAGUGAUGAUGUUUUCAGCCACACUUAGUAAAGAGAUUCGACCUGUUUGCAAGAAAUUUAUGCAAGAUCCUAUGGAAAUCUAUGUGGAUGAUGAGGCCAAGUUGACGCUUCAUGGUCUUGUCCAGCACUACAUAAAAUUGCAAGAGUCAGAGAAGAACCGGAAGUUGAAUGAUCUUCUUGAUGCUCUGGACUUCAACCAAGUAGUUAUUUUUGUCAAGAGUGUUAGCAGAGCAGCAGAGUUGAACAAGUUGCUUGUGGAAUGUAACUUCCCAUCCAUAUGCAUACAUUCUGCAAUGUCACAGGAAGAGAGAUUGAAACGAUACAAAGGCUUCAAGGAAGGGAAGCAAAGGAUUCUCGUGGCAACUGACUUAGUAGGGAGGGGGAUUGACAUAGAACGUGUUAAUAUAGUUAUUAAUUAUGACAUGCCUGAUUCUGCGGAUACUUACUUGCACAGGGUAGGAAGAGCGGGUAGAUUUGGCACGAAGGGGCUUGCUAUUACUUUUGUCUCCUCCACUGCCGACUCUGAAGUUCUUAAUCAGGUGCAAUCUAGGUUUGAAGUUGAUAUUAAGGAGCUUCCUGAACAAAUUGACACUUCGACAUACAUGCCAAAUUGAUGACGUUUUGGACAAUAGGUGAGGUGAAAUUGGAAAGAUCUUUGCCCAUAUUGAGGGAUGGAUUAGGUGGCAUCUCAUAAAUUUGAGUGCUUUGACACAAUAUUUAACGAAAAAUGUUAUAUUGUUUUAAGUUUGAAGAUUGGUCGAUUUGAAUGACUCCAUUUUGAGACCCAGCAUUUGUAUUUUUAGAAAUUCAUCGUAGUCAUUGUAGCCUAUAAAUGUGUUGUUAAUCAUCGAUUUGUUGAAACAUUACCGGCAGUACCGUUAAGUCAUCAUCCAUUAGUUUAACACUGUCAGUUGGUUCAUGUAAUCAAUGCGCGUCGCAUAAUUGUUCU